CUCCAGCUCCCACAUUCCCAUCCCCAGCGAUGGACUUCCGCAGCACCUUCCGCGACACCUUCGCGGGCCAGUUCGUCCGCAUCUGCGGCGGACGGCACCUGCUGCCCUACCCCGAGGAGCGCGCCGACUUCGAGGUGCCGGCCAAGUUCCAGCGCGGCGCUGCCAGCGAGAAGGCACAGGAGCAGAGGCGCAGCGCAGAGCCGUCCAGCGAGACGGCCAGCGAGAACACUGCCGUCGGCGAGGGUCAGGGAGAGAAGGAUGACCACAUCACCGUCGGCUGGUACGGCGACAACGACCCGGCGAACCCUCUGAACUGGGCUCAGGGCAAGAAGAGCCUCUCCGUCGCAUCGCUCUGCUUCCUCACGUUCAGCGUGUACAUGGCCUCGAGCAUCGUCACGCCCGCCAUUCCCCUCUAUGCGCAGCAGGAGGGCAUCAGCGUGGUCAAAUCGACGCUGCAGCUCAGUCUCUUCGUCUGGGGUUACGCCAUCGGACCGAUGUUCCUUGCGCCGCUCUCCGAGAUCCCAUCCAUCGGCCGCAACAUCCCGUACAUCGUGACGCUGUUCAUCUUCGUCUGCCUGCAAAUCCCGCUGGCGCUCUGCACGUCGCCCGGCGCCAUCUUCACCCUCCGCUUCCUCGCGGGCUUCUUCGGCUCGCCGGCACUUGCGACAGGCGGAGCCAGCAUCGCCGACCUCUACAGUCCUCGCAAGCGAGCCUACUUCAUCGGCAUUUGGGGACUCUCCGCUGUCGCGGGUCCGGCUCUCGGCCCGCUGGUCGGAGGCUUUGCCGUCCAGGCGCUCGGCAUUCCCUGGGCAACGUGGCCGAUCCUCUUUGCCUCGGGGGCAGCAUUGAUCUGGCUCAUCUUCCUGCUGCCCGAGACGUCGUCGGCCAACAUUCUGGCGCGCCGCGCCGCGCGCCUGCGCGCGCUGACGGGCAACGACAAGCUCAAGAGCGAGAGCGAGAUUCAGCAGGCCAACAUGACGGGCAGAGAGAUCGUGCAGAUGACGAUGAUCCGGCCCUUCACGCUGAACCUCGAGCCCAUGAUCCUGGCUCUGAACCUCCUCAUCGCAUUGGUGUACUGUGUGCUGUACAGCUUCCUCGAAGCGUACCCAAUUGUGUUCGAGAUGACGUACGGCUUCAAUGCCGGCCUCACGGGCUGCGCAUUCCUGGGUCUUGCCGUCGGCGCGAUCAUUGGUUACAUCAUCUUCGCGGUCUUCUGCCACUUCCGCCUCGAGAAGCUCUUCGACAAGAAGGGCGGCGAGAUCGACCCCGAGGACCGCCUCGAGGCCGGCUUCCCCGCGCCCAUUAUCCUCGCGAUCGGCAUCCUCAUGUUCGGCUGGACCUCGACCGCGAGCAUCCACUGGAUCGUCCCGAUCAUCGGCGGAGGCAUCUUCUCCGUUGGAACCUUCCUUGCAUUCCAGGCAGCGCUCGCGUUCCUCAGCGACGCUUAUGAGCCCGUUGCGGCCUCUGCGCUUGCGUCCAACGACCUCGUGCGUUCGCUGGCUGGCGGCGCCUUCCCGCUCUUCUCGCGUGCGCUUUUCAGCAACCUGGCGACCAACGAGCCGCGAGCCUUCCCCGUGGCAUACGGCUGCACUAUCCUCGGCGGCGCUGCAGCGCUGUUUGGGCCCUUGCCCUGGAUUAUCCAUCGAUACGGUCCGGCGCUACGCCGUCGCUCGCCGAACGCUGCGCAGCCCAUCGACCGCAGCGCGUCGAAGAAGGAGAACCAGGCCUAA